UUUUUUUUACCUUUUUAUUUUAAAAACAUAAUAUAAAUUGACAAUAUUUUGUUUCCUUUUUUAGAAGAUAUCAAAUUUGAAAUAAUGAAAUCCUAUUGGUUGGUGAACCUAGAGGUUCACCUUAGGGGGUGAACCCAAGAAUUACUCUAUUAAAUUUGGUGAAAUUUUAUCCUGGAACGCAAUUGAUACUAAGAUAUGAUUACCUCGUUAAUACUUUGUAUACAUGAUAUUUUGGAGAAAAAUUCCUCCCAAAAAGUGAAUAUAUAGGAAUGAUAAUAAAUCCUGCAAAAAGAUGUCAAACAAUUAUAAAGGUCAAGGACCUAAUUAUUUGACAUCUUUUAUAACUUUAUUUGCAAUAAUCAAUAUUUAUAAUGGUACGUACUAGAUAGUAGUUCCACCUAUUCCGAAAGAAUCUUUUGGGUGAAUGACAAAAACCCAACACGAAUAACACUUUACAAACCGAAGCUCAAAAACUGUCUCUCAGAAUCCAAACAUUAGUAUACUUUUCAAGAAAAUAAAACCAAAAUAGAAUUUUAAAAUAGUUAAAAUAAUACUAUAAUGGAAUAUGAAAAAGGUAUUCGUACAUAAAUCUCCUCCUCUGUCUCCCCUAUUUAAAACCCAAUUCUUCAACACCAAACCCUCAAGCUGCUUCUCAUUCUUCAAUCUUUUUUCCAUAUUUUUGGAUUUUUUUUUUUGCUUUCUCAAAGCAUUAAAAAUGUCAAAGACCAAAUCCAUAGCUUCAAUGGAGUUUCAAUCGCCAGUGGUAACCACGGUAGACUGCCAGAACCAAGUCCAAUCAUGGCGUUUCCUCCGCUCAAUCAUUAAGCUUCUUAUCCCAACUUGCAACUCCACAUUAGUCCAAGAACUAGAACAAGAAAACCCUAACUUGAGAAGCAAGAAUCUCUACAACGACAUCAAAUCACGCACUUCCUCUUUCCGUUCCUCUUCUUCCCUUUCUUCAUCCACAGUCACAGGAACUAUCUUCGGAUACCGUAAGGGGAAAAUCAAUUUUUGUAUCCAAACACCACGAAAAUCGACAAACCCCGAGCUUCUUCUCGAGCUAGCCGUUCCAACAACGGUCUUGGCUCGAGAAAUGAGAGGAGGAGCGUUACGUAUAGUCUUGGAAAGGAACAACCAAGAAGAAGAGGGUGACUCUGUUUCGUCGAGGCCGUUUUGGAACAUGUAUUGUAAUGGAAAGAGAGUUGGGUACGCAAGAAAACGCCGACCGUCAAAGGAUGACAUGGCGGCAUUAACCGCUUUGAGUAAGGUUGUUGUCGGAGCUGGACUUAUGACUGGGAAAGAACUUGGCCGGUUCGAUGAUGAGUUGAUGUAUUUGAGAGCUAGUUUCAGAAGAGUUUGUGGUUCGAAAGAAUCUGAAUCUUUCCAUCUGAUUGAUCCAGCUGGGAAUAUUGGACAAGAACUCAGUAUCUUUUUCGUCCCAUCAUCGGUUUGAUUCAGUUAUACCGGUGAUGAUGAUCGAUCGUACAGUACAUAACGGUUCUGUUUUUUUUUUAAAUUUCUUUCCUUUUUUUUGUUCUUUGGUCGAGAGAAAAGAACUUGUUUUUUUGAGUCGUGCUUAAAGCUUAUUUGCUUUAGUUCUGGCUUUGUAUGUAAUCUACAUACCACAGUUCGAAUUCUUAUUAUUUACCUUGUUGCAAGAUACUUUCUUUUGUUACAUUUAUGUAUUGGUCUUUUACCUUAAAAAUAAUCAAAGACGAAUGAAAAUACGUCGGCAAAAUAGAUUGGUACAACAAAUGCUCUGUAUGUAAUUAAAAUUAUAAUAUUUCAAAAUAAACUAAAAAAUAAUUUAUUUUAUUA